AUGUGGUUUGAAUCGAGAAUUGCUAAUGUGGUGGAGUUGCAACAUUAUGUGGAGAUAGAAGAGAUGGUUAGCAUGGCCAUGAAAGUAGAACGGCAACUCAAGAGAGGGAGACCAGCCAAGCAUGAGGGCGAUUCUUAUUCAGGAUCUUCAAAUUGGAAGUCGAAAUGGGGUGCCAGCUCAAGACCAGUAGAGAAACCCAAAUCGAAUGCUGAAAAGAGCAUGAGCAAGAGUCAAGGGGACAACAAGGAGAGAGAUAGUGGGGAAAUUGAAACUGAAGAGGAGGAAAGUGAUUCAAUGCCAACACAAGAUGAUUCUAGUAGUGAUUAUGAAUAUGCUGCUGAGGGGAAUGCCUUACAUCCUAGGCCAUAUAAGCUGCAAUGGUUGAAUGAAAGUGGAGAAGUGAAGGUGAACAAGCAAGUUCUGGUUUCCUUUACAAUUGGGAGAUACAAGGAUAAAGUUCUUUGUGAUGUAGUGCCCAUGCAUGCUAGUCAUAUAUUGCUUGGGAGGCCAUGGCAGUUCGAUAGACAGGCAAUACAUGAUGGGUAUAAGAAUCGAUACUCUUUUGUCAAUGAUGGUAGAAAGGUGACACUUGUUCCAUUGACACCUUAUCAGGUGUAUGAGGGUCAACUCCGAAUCAAGAGAUCAAUUUGUGAGAAAAGUGAUGUAGAAGCUGAGAUUGAAAGAAAAAAAGAUUGUGUUACCUCUCUUUUGCAAGAGUUUGGAGAUGUCUUUCCCACGGAGUUACCCAAUCGUUUGCCACCAAUAAGGGGAAUUGAGCAUCAAAUCGACUUUGUGCCAGGAGCCGCAAUUCCGAACCGGCCAGCAUAUCGAACUAAUCCGGAGGAGACAAAGGAACUUCAAAGGCAAGUGGACGAGCUUUUAGCUAAAGGGCAUGUGCGUGAGAGCAUGAGUCCUUGUGCGGUCCCGGUGUUGCUGGUGCCAAAGAAAGAUGUUGUAUAUUUUGAUGAUAUCUUGGUGUAUAGUAAGAGCUUGAAGGAUCAUAUUCAUCAUUUGCGAUGCGUGCUUCAGGUUGAUGAGGAAAAGGUGAAAGCAAUUAAGGAUUGGCCGACGCCGAAAUCCGUAACCGAGGAAAAACGACCGAUUGCCUACUUUAGUGAGAAGCUAAAUGGAGCCGCUUUGAAUUAUUCUACAUAUGACAAGGAACUCUAUGCUUUGGUCCGCGCUUUGGAGACGUGGCAGCACUACUUGUGGUCGAAGGAAUUUGUCAUACACACGGACCACGAAUCAUUGAAGCAUUGA